UGGAUCAAAGCACAAUAUUUUGAGCUACUGAGUUAAAAUUUUUGUCAACCAACACGAUCUUCAAUAAAAAAAGUUUAAAAAAUGGCAACAAAAAGUGUCAUCCGCAUAAUUUCAAUCAUUGUUUUGAUCGAAUUUAUCUUUUUUACAUCAACCGAAGCAAACCCACUGAUUGCUAUGUCUAAUAUCGAUGACGAUUUAUCGUCAUUACCAUCAUCAAUAUUUCACGGGUCAAGUGAACCAGUUAAACUUAUACGGAAACCUAGAUCAUUAGAACAAGAACCAGCGAAUGAAGCUCAAGAUGAUUUAGAAACUGCAGCAGGUACCAAUUUACUUCGACCAUUGUUUGUUUAUCGCCAACAAAUGGAAUCGCGUGCUCGUCAUAAUAGAAAAGCUAUUGGAAGACGUCAUGCAUUGUAUUAUUAAAGUAUAACUAAAUAAGUUUUUACAUUUCAAGACUGAUGGAAGAAUAGAGCGAGAAAUAGGAAUUAAUAACUUUUUUUAAUGAUAGUUAAAUGUACGCUUGUCGUCAAUGGAUUUAUAAGUUUGCUAUUUUGCGAUAUGUACUAUUAAUUAUUAAUUAUAAAUAAAUAAAAAAAUUACUAAUCAAAUAUCAAAAUGUUGAAGCGAAAAAUGAAAUUAUUCGAAAUUAUAUCUCAUUUUAAAGAAGACCAUGUGACAAAAUAACCCACUACUCAAAAUUCUCUCAACAGAGCCACAAAAAUUGUAGAAACAAAUUAGGCCACAGCAGUGGUAUUUGUAUGUUUAAAAAGUCAAGCUAAGAAAAAGUGCGACUAUAGAGGAACAAAGUGGAUCCUAAGCUAUCAAAAAAUGUAUGUACUAUUACCCGU